AUGGCGGCUAACGCGACCACUAACCCCUCUCAGCUCUUGCCGCUCGAACUUGUGGAUAAAUGCAUAGGUUCACGCAUUCAUAUUGUGAUGAAGAGUGAUAAAGAAAUUGUUGGAACCCUUCUAGGAUUUGAUGACUUUGUCAAUAUGGUGUUGGAAGACGUUACAGAAUUUGAGAUUACACCAGAGGGCAGAAGAAUCACAAAGCUAGACCAGAUUUUGCUAAAUGGAAAUAAUAUAACAAUGCUUGUUCCUGGAGGAGAAGGACCUGAAGUAUAA